CUGAGAGAUUCCGAGGCAUCUAAGUAAGAGACUCCGAAACAUGUAUCUGAUUAAACCACUUUUAGCGUCCUUAGCAAUUGCUUUUACAUGCGGAGACCCUCGAAUCAUAACACCUGACUUCAGGGCGGUUAACUUUGCCAGAGAAAUAAGGGGACGACGUCUUAAUGGAAGUGUUAUUAGAGAAAUAGAAGUGGAUUCAGAGGGUCUAUGUCAACUGAAGUGUGUGGAAGAAAGUUCAUGCGUGUCCUACAACUUUGGAUCCAGAACAAAUAAGAAGUUUAAAUGUCAACUAAGCGACUCUGAUCGCUUCACUGACUUCAGGAACUUCACCAAAGACAACGAAUUUCUGUACAGAGGAAUGAUGAGCGAUUGUGAGGUCAAUUCUUUCCUUUGUGCAAAAAAAGAAAUCUGUGUUCCCAAUUAUAAAAACAACACUGCAGAAUGCAAAUGUCGUUCUGCGUCUGGAUAUACUGGAAAACCAUGCGAAGCACAAAGCUGCCAGCAGCUCCUUAAAGAUGGCGUCACAUCCAGUGGAGUGUACACGAUCAAUCCAGAUGGAGGGAAACAAAUUCAAGUGUUGUGUGACAUGGCAACGGACGGUGGAGGUUGGACCGUUUUCCAGAGACGUUUGGACGGCUCCGUUGACUUCGAUCGAGACUGGAAAACUUACAAAGACGGGUUUGGAAAUCUGAUCGGCGAGUUCUGGCUUGGAAACGACAAUCUUCACCUUUUGACAGCCGCUGAUGACGUCAUGUUGAGAGUUGACUUGGAAGACUUUGAAGGGAGCAUCACGUAUGCUAAGUACGCCACUUUCAAUGUCACAGACGAGGCCGAAAAUUACACGCUCACUCUUGGAGGAUAUACUGGCGAGGCCGGUGACUCCUUCACAUCUCAUAAUGAUAAUCAGUUUUCCACCAAAGAUCGAGAUAAUGACCAGUCAGCAACCUAUCACUGCGCACGGGAGAAUCAGGGAGGAGGCUGGUGGUUUGAUAAUCCUCAGUGUGUUAAAUGCAAUCUUAACGGUUUGUAUAACGAUACCAGCGGCCGAACAGGGGUUAACUGGAGGGCCUUCCGAGGCGCUUACUAUUCACUCAAACGUUCUGAAAUGAAAAUCAAGCCCAAGGAUCAAUGAUGUAUACAUAUGUGUGCUUCCAUUAUCUUAUUACUGAUUUACUUAAAGCUUAGCUUCUGCAAGUUCACUUACAAUACAAAUUUUAUUGACAUUCCAAUAAAUGGCUUUUCAAUGCCAAUUUACAAAAACUGAAAAAUUCACAGAUAUAUAUAAAAACGAUUACCUUUAACUCUCGAUUUUAUCAUUCAUCAGUAGAUUUCUGUAUCCAGAUAAACUUGAGCUUCUUUUUAAAAGUAGUGAUAUUUACAAUAGAUUUUAAAGAAGUGUCAAAAGUCUAAAGUCUCAAAGGCUUUAGUUUAAGACUGUAACUUCAACGGGAAAAAUUAAAAUAACUCAGCUUUUAUCCACCAUUCCUAGAGUUGAUCGAGCUUAGCCUAACCAUUGACAAUGAUUCUGAAAAAUGAAAGCUGCAACCAAAAUCUGCACGUAUGCACGUUUCAUUAGUGGCAGGUCUAAAUACAAGAGAACCUAAAAAUAAAAACAAGCAAACAAUUUCAGGCGUGGUAAGAACUGGAGUAACCAGGUCGAGGUUACUGUUAGUCACGCAUAAAAUUUGUUGAGAAAGUGUCGCGAGUUUUAAGGACCAAUCAUAGGGAAUAGUGAAGCAAACCAACGUAACCCUUGAUCUCUUUUGAUACUCAAUUGAACAUCGUUCUAAUUAAACUUUUCGAUUUAGUCCCUUUAUUUGUCUCAUCCACUAACUCUGUUUCAUGGAAUAGACAACAGGAUUAAGGUGAUUCCUCAGAAAAAAUAGUUGAAGAACAACUUUUUCAAACUUUCCUUAAAUGUUCCCUUCCAACGUCUAUUUCGAAAUAUACAUAUAAAAAGACAGUUCACUGUGCUUGUUUAAGAGACGACGGGCCUUUAAGGUUAAAAUUUAAUUUGCAUCAUCGAGUAAGAGGCUUCGUAAACCCUUUUCCCUAUAUCUUUUUUCCCUCUGAUAAAUUUUUUUAUAAUAUCUCCAAAUUAAAAAGGACUAUUUGUACACCAAAAUUACGCAAUAAAAACUAUAGGUCACCUUGCUCGUUCAAGAUGUAAUGACUAUCUUGUUUCUCGUCCUUGUCCAUUUCACGCUCACCACCGCUUUGAUUAAAUUGAAUUAGCAUAAGAAAAGCCUUAGCUUAAGUAUAUUUUGCGUUUGGCCAAUAGAAACAUCACACUACACGGGCAUAUAUGACCAUCAUUUUGAUAGGUUUUGUUCCUGGUUUAACAUUGAUUUCCAUGUAACUUCUCC